GGUUUCCUGAGCGAGAAAAAGAAAGCGAGGAAGCGGGGAAAACAAAUGCAAAAAGGAUGCGACGAAGGAAAAGUGGGGAAACGGAGAAGAAAAUAAAAGGCGAAAAAAAGAGAGGUGUAUUCGCGUGAUACAUUGUGUCCACAAUUGUUGGCGCAUUGUCGUAUUGUUGUAAAAUAAUUAUUAAAAUCUGUGCGCGUCGUAGAAGGUAAAGCAAUGAAAUUCGGCGUUGCUUAAACUGACUGCGGGCUUUGUCUCUUUUGCGUAAAAAAAAAUGGGAAAGGUGGGCAGAAAAAUGGCAGUUACAUCACUGCCAGUGGUAAACUUUGGUGCGAUUUAUUUCCCAAGUAGUACACUCGAGGGAUACGCCGAUCUCUCAUUCCUCGCUCGUCUCUCUCGCGAGCAGGUCUGCUUGAUUGAUCACUAAUCGAGUAACGUACGUGCAUAUCGUCGGAAAUUUGUGUGUACGCGCGCGCCCUUCGAUGAAAGUGCAACAGAAAAUAUGAGCUCGAUCGAUUAUUCUCAAGUGCUCCCUUCAGUUUACGCCGCGGUGGGAACGAUCGUUGUUAUUGGAGUAGCGUUGAAAGUAUACAAGACCUGGAGCGAGAAGAAGAAAAAAUGUGCGCCGAUACUGCUGGUGGAUCCGGUGGUCAAGUAUAGUCUACCUCUAAUUCAAAAAGACGUAAUAAGUCACGAUACUAGGAGGUUCAGAUUUGGAUUACCAACGUCAAACCAUGCCCUGGGUCUGCCAGUUGGUCAGCACAUACAUUUAACAGCGAGGGUCGGAGAGGAGGUCGCGAUACGUUCAUACACGCCUGUUUCGAGCGACGAUGAUCGAGGCUACGUUGAUCUCGUCAUCAAGGUGUACUUCAAAAAUGUGCAUCCAAAGUUUCCCGAAGGCGGUAAAAUGUCUCAAUAUUUGGAAAACAUGAAAAUAGGGGACACUAUUGACUUUAGAGGUCCAUCUGGUAGACUAGUUUACAAAGGACAGGGAAACGUUUCUAUAAAACUUCUUAGGAAGGAACCACCUGUGGUUUAUAAUGUUAAGAAGAUGGUUAUGCUCGCUGGUGGUACGGGCAUCACGCCGAUGCUGCAGCUGAUUCGUGCGAUAAUAAAGGACCCUACGGACGAAACUCAAACCUCCUUGCUGUACGCCAAUCAGACGGAGAAAGACAUCUUGCUGCGAGAGGAAUUGGACGAAAUCGCCAAAAAAUACCCCAACAAAUUAAAACUUUGGUACACUCUAGAUUCAAGUAGCGAGGGAUGGCCGUAUAGUACAGGAUAUAUUAGUGCUGAGAUGAUAGGGAAACAUAUGUUUCCACCGUCGCCCGAUACUAUUGUAUUGAUGUGUGGGCCACCUCCAAUGAUCAAUUUUGCUUGUACUCCGAAUCUCGAUAAAGUUGGCUACGAUACUAAAUUACGGUUCGCAUAUUAAUCUACUUGUCAUUAAAAUCAUAGGCAGUUUGCAUCUGACGGAGAUCCACACGCUUUUAGUACUUUAAUCAAUUCAAAGUUCAGUUUUCUAACUAAAUGUAUCCGCUUUGCAUUAAUGGGAAAUGCCAAAUAACGUGGUGAGAUCUAUAUUGGGAAGUUUCUGUCAAAACUAAUUGAUUAUAAAGACACCUUCAACAGUAUUGACGGUAACAGUUAUGAAAUUAUAAUAAUCAAUGAAAUAUGCAAUUAAGCUGGUAGCAUAUAGUGACUAUUGUUCCAUGUAGCGUAAGGAUGUCUAUCCAUAAAAAAUCUUUACAAGACACGCCAAAGUCUUGUCCUUUUUUCGCUUAAUUUUUUAAAUUGGGACACGGGCUGUGACUGGCGAAUGACAAAUAAUUCAUAGAGCUUAAUUUAAGACAAAAAUGCAGUUACGAAUCAAAUGCAUGUGAAAUGAAUAUUUACCUUACCACUAAAAUAUACUUUAUUCAAUUCUAUAUUUGUAUAUUAUAAAAUUACCUGUGUACAAGUUAGAUGAAUAAAGUGUAUCACUAGUGUGUGUAUGUGUGUGUGUGUGUGUGCGCGCGCGCAUGUGUGUAAGGUAUUCAUAUAAAGUAUUGUAUCGUAAAGCAUUUAUUAAUGUUGAACCCAUUGUAAUAUUAUAAAAAAAUUUAAACACGUA